AUGCCUGCUCGAGUAGCUGGCUCACGAUCUGCUCGUGCGCGAGCCCCCCGAAAACGAGCCCCCGCCGCCGAGGAAACAUCUGCUGCCACAUCUCCAGCACCCGAACCCAGCCCACCACCACCGGCAACUUAUACUCCUCUCCAAGAUGCUAUUGCGACUAUAUUUCAAUCGGCCCAGAAGACUACCGCUGGUCACAGGAAAUUGGCAAUUACGAUGAGGUCUAUUUGGGAACAGUGUGCUGCAGGUACUGGGCGUCUGGGCUCAUCCAUUGGUGGUGGGAGGGUUGGAGAAAAGGCCUUUGUUAAAGAAUUCACUGGUUUUCUUAAUAGGGUUCUUAUGACCAAGAAAAGUGAGGUUGUGGGAGAUAGAUGUUUGAGGUUCACAGACAUAUUCGUGAGGGGGCUACUUGAUAAAGGUCGGUUUUCUCCGAAAAUCGCGCAAAAUUUGCUAGUCUUUGGUACUGAUCAGGCGACCUACUUGGGCAGAUAAACCCAAGAAGAAAGACGGUGAAGAUGAACGGAUGGUAGAAGGAGAGGAAGAAGUUGUAGAAGAAACAUCUGCAAUUCGCUUCGUUCUUCGACUCAUCUUUUUCCUCUUGCCAUUGAUACCUUCGAGAGAGAAAACGGUCCGAUAUCGUACGACACAGCUUCUCUCGCUUUUAUUAGCCAACGCAUUACCAGAAUUCCCUUAUGAUUACUCUACAAAGUCGAACGCUAUAUUUAAACAAUUGAGAUCUGAGCUCUUGAAGCGGGUUAAGGAUAGAGAAACUCCUGUUCGAGUCCAGGCGGUGGUUGGCGUGAUAAAAUUACUUGAGAUGGGUGUUGGAACGAGUGAGGAUGACAGUGAGGACGAUGACGGGGAGGGGGAUGGUAAUGUGCUAGCUGCUCUGAUUGAAGCUAUGCAGAAUGAUCCUAGCGCGUGAGUGUUUGCUAUCUAUGUUUUGUCGUUUGCGUCUUUGGGUGGUAUUUGUGCUGAUAUCGCUGCUAGAGAUGUUCGACGUACAAUCUUGUAUAAUAUCAACCCUACUCCCGAGACGCUUCCUUACCUUCUCGAGCGAACCCGCGAUACUGAUCCAGUAACCCGUCGUUCGGUUUUCACACGUCUCCUUCCUAGCCUUGGUGAUUUCCGUCACCUUUCUAUUGGGAUGCGUGAAAAGCUUCUUCGGUGGGGCCUCAAUGACCGUGAUGAGACUGUCCGUGAAGCUGCAAGACGGAUGUUCAACUACCGCUGGCUUGAAGAUGUCGACGGUGACGUAAUCGAAAUUCUUGAGCGUUUGGAUGUCGCCAGUGACGGCCCUCAAGGUGGGGUUAAGGAGCUCGCGCUGAGGGGCUUCUGGGAGGAGAGGAAGGAUUUUGUCGAGAAAAUUACCUUUGGUGAUGAAUUUUGGGAAGAUCUUACCGCAGAGUCUGCAUUUCUGGCUAGGAGUUACAAUGAUUACUGCCGAGAUCUUCCGAGUGUCCAGAGAGAGGCGGGAGAAAUUGACGAAAAAAUGCCUGAGGUUACAAAGCUAGCGCUUCACCUUCAAAGAUACCUGAAUAAGCUUGUUGUCGCCCUGGAGAGCGAGGAUGCGGAGGCAGCCACUUGGGAAUUUGUGGCUGAGCAACUUUUGAUGAUUGCUUCGAGGAUGGACUAUGGGGACGAAAUUGGGCGGAGAAAGAUGUUUGCCUUACUUCGCGAAAGUCUCGCCAUACCGGAAUUACCUGAAGGCGUUACUAAAUUGAUAAUUGAAUGCCUUGCUAAGCUUUGUGUAGGUGAGGGCGAUUUUUGCAUGUUAAUCUUGGAGGUUAUUGCAGAGGUACAUGAUCGGAUCGCCGAUGAUGACGACGAGGCUGGGGUUGCCGAUGAAAGCUUUCAUUCAGCGAAGAGCGAUGUCAGCGACGACGGCAUUGAGGAUGCUAUUACUGUGAGGGCGCCUUCCGUGAAAGCUAGUACGCCAGUAACGAAAGCUGCCCGAUCGGCCAGAAAGAGGUCUAGGAGUAGGCCCGCCGAUGAAGUCGGGGAUACGGACAUGAUGGAUAUCGAUGGCGCCGAGGAGAAUGGGGAAGAGGAAGAACAGGAAGGAGAGGGGGAAGACGAAGAUGAGGAAGCAAAAGCUGUGAAGGAGCUCAUGAUUAACCUUAAGUGCCUUCAUAUUGCUCAAUGCCUGCUUGAGAACGUAUCGGGGAGUUUGAAGAAGAAUACCCAUCUUGUAACCAUGCUGAAUGGUCUAGUCGUCCCUGCUGUGCGAAGUCAUGAAGCGCCGGUGAGGGAACGUGGACUGAGAUGUUUGGGAUUGAGUUGUCUUUUAGACAAGGUAGUUGCCUCCUGAAGCUCUCUUGUUUCAUUUACUAACUUGGUCAAAGACACUUGCCGAAGAGAACCUUACUCUCUUCGCUCACUGUUUCAACAAGGGCCACGAGGCACUGCAGAUAGAAGCGCUUCAUAUCAUGUCAGACAUUUUGGUUACCCAUGGCUCCGCGAUCUUUGAGGGAGAUAGCUGCGCUGUGGAGCAGAGAACUCUCUACAGGAUGUUUGCGAAAGCAUUGAAAUUGGAUGAAGUAGCGGAAGUACAGUCUACUGCUGCAGAAGUGGUUUGCAAACUGAUGCUUGCGCAAGUUAUCAAAGACGAAGAGGUAAAGCUUCAAUAGGUGUUUCAAGGGAGGUACUGACCGGUUUUUAUUAGCUGCUCAAAGUGCUUGUGAUCGCAUAUUUUGAUUCAGCAACAGUAGAUAACCAAAGCCUUCGUCAGAUCCUAACAUACUUCCUACCAGUCUACUGUCAUUCCCGCCCUGAAAACCAAACAAAAAUGCAGAAGGUUCACCGCUCUUUCCUCAUCGCAGGAUCGUAACUAACAUCAAUAGAUAACUGUGAGCACGAUCCACCAGCUACUUCUGAUCCGCGAGAAUUUGGGCGAAGAGGAAGAAAUGGUCUCAAUCGCCACCACAGCUUCACAAAUGGUCGACUGGACCGACCCCCGCAAGAACGUUGGCGGAGGAGUUCAAGCCGGUCGCCGUGGCAUUGAAGAAAAGAUCGUCGACCCGAAUGUGCACGUUGAUCUCGCCAUAGACGCCUUGGAACGCGUCAGCAGCAGUAGCUGUAACAAAGAGGAGAAAAAAGUGCUAUGCACAAUGCUUGGAAAGCUUUAUAUCCCGGCUGAUGCCGCCCCUGAAAAACUUAGGGAGUUGUACGAGCUUGUCGUCCAGGUGAUCGGGGAUAAGGUUGCCACGGACGCGCCAUCCAGGAACGCACUCAAUAAGCUAGAGCUUUUGUUGGGGAAGAUUGUCAGUGAGCUAGAGCGGGAUGGUGCAACGGAAGCUACAGGAGACGAGCUAGCAGCUACAGGGGAUGAGGCGGAGGCUGUAGCUAGCGAGGCGACCGCAGGAGAGGCUUCGGAUGAUGGGGAGGGGGAUGAUACUAUUGUCAUGACGAAGCCUCCGAGAGUAGAUGAUCUUGCGAGUGAGACCGGCAGAGAGACAAGUGCCGCUCCUUCGACCGAAGCGGAGGAGCAGGAAGACGAGGAUGGGGAGGAGGACGAAGGGUAGCACGCCUCAUUUUUUCAGAUUCUUCUACUUUAUGUGUCUUUGGUACCUGGUGGUGUAUGGAUAGGGCGAGUCAUUUGUAGCUUUAUGAUAAUGAUAUGUUGGUUAUCGGCAACUUGUUUUCUUAAGCCAUUACUCGAGUAGUGUAGGGUUCUCCUAACAUGGUGUGGACCUCACUACUUAGCCAAUUUUUGUAGUGUAGUAGUGUUAGGGCCUUUUUGGUAAAAAAGGAAGAAGUGGCAACCAUUCGGUUGCGAAAUGGUUUGACUGGUGGAAAAGGUCCUUGCUAACGGUCAACCAUUGAAACAGAAGGGUUGAUAGCGG